AUGGUGAGCGAGCGGGUGAACUUGCGGCAAGACUAUCAGCGGUGGUCCGAGUCAAAGCCGGACUUGCUGUCGGCCGAGGCGGCGGACUUGCCACCGCUUCCGUCAGCGGACGAGCCGGAGGGGAAGUUUUCGUUUUGCGAGUAUAGCUUUUUGCUGUCGGCGGUUGCCAAGUUUAAGAUACUGGAGUUGGAAUCGUUGCUGACGAUGAACAAAGAGUCGAUGCGAUCGGUGCUGUCAUUUGGGUCAUUGCCGAUGCAGAUCACGCCGUUAGGUCAGAUUGCUAACAUGCGGCUACCUCCAGAACAGAUUGCACAGCUGCGAUACCUGGUACUGGAAGUGCGUCGGGAUAAUAUAGUAUCGGACGCGUUUAUCAAGGUUGCGGAAUACGCACAGCACAGCCCGCGGGAGCUUCACAAGCCUCUGAAAGUGAUCUUUGAUGGGGAGGACGGGGUGGACGAAGGCGGGGUGCGCAAGGAGUUUUACCAGGUGCUGCUGGAGCAUGUGCUAUCGGCCGACUAUGGGAUGUUUCGGUAUGACGAGGAAACGCGGUACCACUGGUUGCAACGGGACUCGCUGGAGUCGGAAACGUCAUGGACGCUAAUCGGGAUCAUGUUUGGGAUGGCAGCGUUCAACUCGAUUUUGCUGGAUGUGCAGUUCCCGCCGGUGUUUUAUCGGAAGCUGCAGAUUGGGUUGCGCAACAAGGUGGCGCGGGUGCGUGCGGAGCAAAACGGGAGUACGAACUGGGAGGAGGGGUUAUUGGAGGAAUACGAGGCCAACUUGGAGGACGUGCUGGAAACGUUUCCCAGCAUCGGGAAGAGUGUUGGUCAUUUGCUGGCGUACGAAGGGGAUGACGUGGAAGAGGUAUUUGGACUGGAGUUUGAAGUGCCGUAUGAGGGGCUGUUUGGCAAGGUGGAAACACACGAGCUGAUGGCAAACGGUGGGAAAACGGCGGUGACGAAGGGGAAUCGGAAGGAGUUUGCGCGGCUGUACAUAGACUUUGUUAUCAACAAAUCUGUGGAAAAGGCGUUUGAGCACUUUUCCAUGGGGUUUUCGCUGAUGCUGGCGGGGCCGUUUGUGCACCGUCUGAGCGCGGACGAGCUAGAGACGCUGCUCGUCGGGGAGCGGGAGCUGGACUUUGAGGCUCUGCGUGGCGUGGCCAAGUACGAGGGGUACCAGCGCGACGAGGCGGUGAUGCAGCACCUGUGGCAGGUGCUGGGCGAGUACGACGUGGAGCUCAAGCGGCUGUUCCUGGGGUUUGUGACGGGGACGGACCGGGCGCCGAUCGGCGGGCUCGGCAAGCUGGUGCUGAUCAUCCAGCGGGCCGGCGGCGACAGCAACCGGCUCCCCACCAGCCACACGUGCUUCAACGUGCUCCUCCUGCCGCACUACGCCACGCGCGCCAAGCUGCGCGACCGCCUGUCCACCGCCAUCCGCAACUCCAAGGGCUUCGGCCUGCGGUAGCGGGGCGGCGGGGCGGCAGCGCGGCUGGCGGGGCGAGAGAGUUGCUCCCACGGCUCGGCUACGUGCCGCGCCCCGGCGCAGCUUCGCGCGGGCGCAGUGAAAGCGGCCUAAGAGCACACGCUCUUAGAGCAAACGCACGCACGAUAGACAAGAUCACGAUAAAGACGCACGUGUACA